AUGAUCAAUCAUCAAACACCUUUCCAACAACUCGGAUCCUUUUGCCCACUGUCCCCUGACAAAAGACAACAACAAUGGCACCACUAAACUUAUCAAAGCUCCUGUUCUUCUGCUUAUCUCUUCUUACAGCACUUGUGGUGGUUGCUCAGCCGGAAGAUCCUUGUCGCUCUGAAACCGGCUUGACGUGUCCUUCUUGCUUGAAUCUCGAAGGACAAGACUGUUCGUGGUCGGUGGGAGCAUGUUCGCAGAAUUGUGUCGCCGAUGCCGCUUGCUAUUCCCACGAAAACUUUCCAAACUCGACUACCAUGGACAUUUGUCAAAGGGCCGUAGAUGCCAACGUCGACUUUGCUCUUUGCAACAAUGCUACCACCUGUCAACAGUGUACCACCACCACUACUAGUAGUGGACAAGUCUGUGCGUGGGUGGAGGAUGCAGGAUAUUGCAAGACACCGGGAUGCGACCAAAAUGGAGUCUGUGGAGUUGAUCAGUGCACCACCCAAGAUACUACAACUAAUAGUACAGCAACAUCCCCACCAACCGCCACACAAUCCACCAGUGGUGCCACUUCUAACGGUAUUGCCUUUUCAUGGGUAGCUCUUACUACUUGGAUCUCUGCUUCAAUCAUUGUCUUAUGGUAAUGAUUACAUGAGCAGUGACGGUAUUUGGACGUGCUAUUGCCGGACUAGUAGUCAUGAAGGCAUAGUGUGCUUUCUACAAAUUAAAAUAGGCAGCCAGCUAGCUAGCGCAUACAAAAUAGUAGAACAACUCAAGUUGAUCACAUAACGGUAUAGAAAGCUCGUCAUUGCUCAACAGCG